UGUUACAUUUAUAUCUUCAGGGUUACCUUUCUUUAAUUCUGUUGAAUGUCGCAUCAGGAUUUGGAGAUACUGAGACCAUCUUAGCUGUUCAAGAAGAAGAUGUAGCUCUCACUUGUUUCAGUCUAAAUGACACGGAUCCAAACAGCUGCUACAGAUACAGCGUGACAAAGUUUGCUACAGAUCCUAAUCAAGUGAAGGAUAUGUUUAAAUGGCCCACACCGAGCAACGAUGUGUAUAAACGUGUAAAAUGGGUAGCUGAUGGAAAUGGACAAAAAUGCUUAACUCUGACAAAACCUCAAAAAUCCGACGCAGGACUGUACACUUGUGAAACGUGGAAAGGAUGGGACCGUGUUGCGGCCAAAAACAUAUCUUUGAGAAUAAAAGACUGCAAAGUCCUUGAACCUGUGAAGGCAGAACCCAGCAUGCCUGCCAAGCUAAACUGCCCAGUAAACAUGACAACUGGACAACAAGAAACUCAAAACAUCUCCUGGGCAAUCCAGAAAGGAGACAUGCGUGAAUCACUCGACUCCAGCAAAGCCAAAACUAAUGGUACAUCUCUGACUUUCCAGUCUGUGAACACCAGCGACAGUGGCUGGUAUAGAUGCAGUUACACGCUUGGUAAAACUCAGCGCUGCUUUGACACCAAUCUACAAGUACAAGCUUUUGUGACCACAGUGGUUCCGGUUAUUCCAACAAAAACUCCGAGUCUGCCAGCACGAAAAGCCAAUGAUAUAUCUCUGUCACAAAGGAAGGAGGAGAGCAAUGAUGCUUUAAUUGCAGUUGUGGUCUGUGUCAUUUUGGGGAUGAUCAUAAUUGCUGCUGUGAUUGGAUUCGUUGUGUACCGCAGAUGCAAAACCCAGAGAAUCACACAGUUACACCAGAGGCGCUUUAACGGUAAUUGUAUGUCUACCUAUGAGAUUGUUGCGCCUUUGACAAAUACUCCAGGCCAGCGAAUCAACAGUCUGUAUCAAAUGCCAGACGAAAGCUUAGUUACCUUCCAAUAAUAACCAUUUUCAAGUAAGGAAGAAGAUUCUCCU